AUGGUAGCUUCGGGGGAGGUUUGCGCUCACCCGACGGGACCAGACCUCACCCCUCCCAAAGGUUGCCUCAGCUCUACCGGACCGUCCUCCACACAAUGGUCCAGGUUUACUUGCACACUGAGUAUCAAGAACACCCUGGACAGUAGAGGGAACAUGAACCCUAACACAGAGCAGUCAGGAGAGGAGAAGAGUGAUGAAAAAUGGGGUUUUGAUUUGUAUCCUGAGAGACGAGGGGAAAAAUACAAACCAUCAUUAACAAAAAUAGCUCUUCUAGGAGGGCGAGAGCAGUCUCAAAAAAUCAAGUGUGAGAAGAAUGUGUGGUAUUGUGCCAAUAGCAGUCCCCUUGUAAAGCUGAUGCUGUCAGCCCUUAAGUCAUCUGGCUGUGAAGUGGAUUUGACGAGACACGUGUCCUGUGAGGUGUGUGAUGUGUCUGUCAGUGGAGGAUAUGACUCAGAGUUAAACCAGAUAGUAGUUUGCCAGAAUGUAGCACGCACAGAAGGUCUGACUCAGGGGGUACUCACACAUGAGUUAAUUCACAUGUUUGACUAUUGCCGCAACAAACUUGAUUUCAAGAACAUUGACCAUUUGGCCUGCACAGAAGUUAGAGCUGCAAAUUUGGCCCACUGUUCCUUCCUGUCAGCAGUCACACAGGGUGAUGCCUCUCCAUUCCACAUUGCCAAGGCCCAUCAGGAAUGUGUGAAGACCAAGGCCAUGUACUCAGUGAAGUGUACUCGAAAUGUAACCUUGACAGAAGCAAAGGCAGCAGUAGAUCGAGUGUUUGACCGCUGCUAUAAUGACUUGGAACCAAUUGGCCGUCGCCUGCGCAGAAAUUCCCCAGAUAUGCACAAGGCCUACAAGGAACGCUUCAUCUAUGGCUAUGACUAAUGACUGGCUGAGAGAGUUCUGAUACUAUUAGAGAUUUAUCAUACUUUCCAGCAUGUAAAAUGCAUAAGUAUAGAGUGCACAUCUCAGUUUUAGCAAUUCAAGUCUUAGGAUAAGGGGUGAUGGGAAAUUGAAAUGCUGCUAACCUGAGAUACUCCAGCAAGUGUCUCAGGCUUUUGCCAAUACAUAAUACUACAUAACUUUUCAUGCGCUUGUAAAAUUUUCAUGCACAGGAUCAUGGAUAUUUAGACUGACAUCCUUUAGUAAGCACACUUUUAUAUGCCUAAAAAUAUAGUAUGUACUGUAUUUUUGUGUAUUAAGUUUUGCUUAUUUAAUGAGAGAAGUCUUACAGUGACAGAGAGAGGAGCAACCCACUUCCCAUCAAAAAAGGUGAUCAAAACACCUCAACAUCUCACAGCUGGGAAAAACUGCAGGGAAAAUGAAGUGCAGCAAUGAUGACAUUUGGGGAAUGAUGGGGUGUCAACGAGAGCUACAGGUGGCUUGGGAUCACUCCUCAGCACUGUAAACUGUUUGUUUACCUCCAGACACUUCAUACUUAUCUCAAGACUUUUCAGGGAGAUAUCAUUUAACUAAUCUAUUUCAAAGAUUGAAUUACUGUCUUAUACUCUGUGUCAAAGUUUACAAAAACAAAGGAAAUAUUUAUAGAAACUGUAAAUCAGUAAUAAAUGGCAACUUUA